GCCUCCCUCCCCGCCCUCUCCCCCGCCCCUCUCCGGCUCCGGACAACUUUAGGGGUGGGGUGGAAAGAAAGUUUAGCGCUCUUCCCCCCCCACCUCUCGGCCUAGGAUUGUCGCCGUCUCCUGCUUGGCUUGGCGAUCCGGGGGACUCCCUCCAGCCCCCCAAAACCGCCACCAUGAAUAAACUCUACAUCGGCAAUUUGAACGAGAGCGUCACCCCAGCAGACUUGGAGAAAGUGUUUGCGGAGCAUAAGAUCUCUUAUAGCGGCCAGUUCUUGGUCAAAUCCGGCUACGCCUUCGUGGACUGCCCCGACGAACACUGGGCGAUGAAAGCCAUCGAAACUUUCUCGGGGAAAGUGGAACUGCAGGGCAAAAGACUGGAAAUUGAACACUCUGUUCCCAAAAAACAAAGGAGCCGUAAAAUUCAGAUCCGAAAUAUUCCACCCCAGCUUCGAUGGGAGGUGUUGGACAGCCUGCUGGCUCAGUAUGGCACAGUGGAGAGCUGCGAACAAGUGAACACCGAGAGCGAGACUGCAGUGGUGAAUGUUACCUAUUCCAACCGGGAGCAGACCAGGCAAGCCAUCAUGAAAUUGAAUGGUCACCAGCUAGAGAACCACUCACUAAAGGUCUCCUACAUCCCAGAUGAGCAAAUGGCUCAGGGUCCUGAGAAUGGUCGCCGGGGUGGCUUUAAUUCCAGGGGUCAGCCCCGCCAGGGCUCACCUGUGGUGGCAGGUGCUCCCUCCAAACAACAGCCGGUUGACAUUCCCCUGAGGCUUCUGGUACCCACUCAGUAUGUGGGUGCCAUCAUUGGCAAGGAAGGAGCCACCAUCCGUAACAUUACUAAACAGACCCAGUCUAAAAUUGAUGUUCACCGAAAGGAGAAUGCUGGAGCAGCCGAGAAGGCCAUCAGCGUUCAUUCUACUCCAGAAGGGUGCUCUUCUGCUUGCAAGAUGAUUUUGGAAAUCAUGCAGAAAGAAGCAAAAGAUACCAAGACAGCUGAUGAGGUUCCCCUGAAGAUCCUGGCUCACAAUAAUUUUGUGGGACGUCUAAUUGGCAAAGAAGGACGAAACCUGAAAAAAGUGGAACAGGAUACAGAGACCAAAAUCACCAUUUCUUCGUUGCAGGACUUGACCCUUUACAAUCCUGAAAGGACCAUUACAGUUAAAGGCUCUAUUGAGAACUGCUGUAAAGCUGAGCAGGAGAUUAUGAAGAAAGUUCGGGAGGCCUAUGAGAAUGAUGUUGCAGCCAUGAGUCUACAAUCUCAUUUGAUUCCUGGCCUCAACUUGGCUGCUGUAGGCCUCUUCCCAGCCUCAUCCAGUGCUGUUCCUCCACCUCCAAGCAGUGUCUCAGGGGCUGCCCCUUAUAGCUCCUUCAUGCAGGCCCCAGAGCAGGAGAUGGUACAGGUAUUCAUCCCUGCCCAGGCAGUGGGUGCCAUCAUUGGCAAGAAGGGGCAGCACAUCAAACAGCUCUCAAGGUUUGCCAGCGCCUCCAUCAAGAUUGCUCCCCCAGAAACCCCGGAUUCCAAAGUUCGGAUGGUCAUCAUCACUGGACCCCCAGAGGCUCAAUUUAAGGCUCAAGGAAGAAUCUAUGGAAAGCUCAAGGAGGAGAACUUUUUUGGUCCUAAGGAAGAGGUAAAACUGGAAACCCACAUCAGGGUGCCUGCAUCAGCAGCUGGCAGAGUCAUUGGCAAAGGUGGCAAAACUGUCAAUGAGCUGCAGAACUUGACAGCAGCUGAAGUUGUGGUGCCCAGAGAUCAGACUCCUGAUGAAAAUGAGCAAGUCAUUGUCAAGAUCAUUGGACACUUCUAUGCUAGCCAGAUGGCCCAGCGCAAGAUCCGAGACAUCCUUGCUCAGGUGAAGCAACAGCACCAGAAGGGACAGAAUAACCAGACCCAGCCAAGGAGGAAAUGAUCUGCCUCCUACCCUAUUGGCCCAGGACAGAAAAAGUAGAAUCAAAAGAGAGCAGCAAGCUUAAGAAUGAGUGGGAAUCAGGGAGGUGCCAUCAAGGACUGAAUCAGAAUUUUCCACCCUUUAAAACAUAUUUCAAUAAGGAAGGCUGAUUAUUCUAAAAGAUCAAACCAAUUGGCUCAAACCUAUUGUUUGCCCUUCCCCUGGGCAUUCCUCUUCCAAAUUUAUAGUUCAAUGACAAUUGCUUUUAAAUGUGGAUUAUAUUCAAGCUCUUGUUGUCCUACAUCAUAAAAGAAAUAUAAAUAUCCCUUAUUGAAUAUCCCGUGUGAGCAUCCCAAAUAUGAAUGCCCCAUAUUGAGGAGGGGGAACCUCUUGGAAAGGUCAUUUGCUUUUGAAAACAACACCCCCAAACCUUACCUCUCAUUUGAUAAAAGUAUUCUGACCCUCAUUUCUCAGUGGACUAUAUUUAGUCAUGUUGGUUCCAUCUUCCUUGUAAUGGAAAAAAGGGAACUAUUGAUAUAUGUUGAGCCCUAGGUAUCUCAAUAUUGCUCUAAAGGGAGAGUCCAUUAUCCCAGGGAAUAGGAUAUAAUCAUUCUUACCCUUUAAACUCAAUAGAAUGGGAAAAAAAAAAACACUUUGAAUUACAAUGAUCCACAUUUAAGAGAGUCAUUUGGGCUUGAUCUGAAGCAGGUAAUUCUGGGGAGAAAAUUUUUCCAACCCUUAUUAGGGUUUCCCUCAUGAAAGUCCCUAUCUAUUAUAUGGAUCCACGUAUGUGGUGCUGGGUCCAUGAUAGGGGUCAAGCUGCCAUCCCUGAUUCCCAUCACUCUUAGGCUGAUUUUAUAUUUUUAAAAGUCUGUUUUAAUAAUUGGAUGUGAGAAUCAAGAAGGGGAAAUGAUAGUUCCCCUUGGCAAAGCCUCAGCUCCAUUGAGGACCUGGGUAAUCCUGUGGUGCUUCCCACUCCUAGCCCUUGUGGUUGGGAUGAGAUGAUAUCGAGUCUCUCCUCUGGUAUCAGGGGAGCAGACAAAGCUUUGGGGAGCACUGACUGGUCUUGGGAAAGCUCAUGGAAAAUGAGGAGAUGAAUAGUCCCUCUUCUUCCCUCUCUGAGGAUGGGACUUUGACUUCUAUUUACCCUGAGCUCCAUAGAAAUGUUAAGUCCAUUAACUAGCAAGUGUUCCUCAACAAUCAGCCCAUCAGAAAGGGAAGCUGCUGUUCCUAUUUUCUCCUGAUGGAUUAUUUGUGUGACUGUAAGUGUAUGCCCUCCCUGGCUGCUGUUGGCCCAAAGAAAAGGUGCUAAAAAAAAAUUAAUAAUAGUCUAAUACCUUGGGAACCAAAGGGUGAAUCAGAGAUAAAUUCACUUUCCCAGGUUUAACAGACAUGGGUUUGGAAACACUGACAAGGCCAAAGGAAGGUAGCAGCUGUCAGUUUAAUUUAAACCCAUCAUUAUGUGGUGGAGGAAAUGACCAACUUGGGAACCAUCUAAUUAGCUGAUUGUUGCUGGACACCAAGCUGGGUGAUGAACUUUAUGACACCCUGGAAAAUGCUGUCGCGUGUGUUGGGAAGAGAGGAAGGUCUGUGCACCUGUGGGAAAGCCACAUGCAUGAAGUUACCUUCCUUCCCACCUUGCAACAAAACCCAAGAUGUGGGUGGAGUCAGGUGAUGCUGUGUGUGAUAGUAAAACUACCUCAAGGUAUGAAGUUACCUCAGCAAUUGUCCCCAACCCCCCCCCCCCUUUUUUUUCUUUUUUUCUUUUUGUUCCCU